AUGGAACUUGUCCUAGCGCCGGGUGAGUCAAGGGGAUACUGGAAAUACCAUACACCAGGAAAAUGGCUUAAGCAAGCUAAAGUGGUUUGGAAGGCUAACAACGAAAAGGCCACAAUGCUAAUGGACUCAGGAGCUGAAAUCUCGAUCGUGGACACCUCCUUUGCUCUUAAGGUAGGAUGUGUCGCUGACGAGAAUCAGAAACAAGAGUGUGUGGGGAUAGCUGAAAAUACGUACAUUACCGAAGGACGUAGCAAGAUCAAGAUCACCCUAAAUGGAUUUCUGUUAUACUAUUUUGACGUGUGGGUGGGUGAUCAAGUCGGUCAAGAGGUGAUCCUGGGUAUGGACUUCAUGGUGCCCGCAGAUCAACGUCUGGAUUUGGCUGACGGGACGCUGGUUUUGUCAGAUGAAGUGAGGAUUCAUCUAGCAGGACGCAGACCUCUGUACGGAUCAUCCAUGCAGCCGAUCGUGAUCCCAGAACAUCACUUGGUGCUGCCGGUGGUUAGAUCGGCGGAGACAAGAAUGUAA